AUGUCAAUCGCAAGCGGAAUCGAAAUUAUUGCAAAACAAAGCGCAUUUAAAAAGCGCUUACGAUCAUACACGUAUAAAAAUGUUGAUUACAUCGAUUUACUGGCAUUUUUGAAAGAAUGUCAACGAAUUUUUGUUCAACAAACGAAAAGGCUGUUAAAUGAAAUCCCAAAUAUGAAAUCGCAUUUGAUUUUGGAAGCCAAAUUCAAGCGGCUGAUAUGUGAAGAUGGUGAGAAUGAAAAUGACGACACCGAACAAAUUUCAGCGUUCUAUUUACAAAGUAAACAGCAAGACAUAUCACUAACAACAAAUCUGGAAAAUUGGUUCAAAACGAAUGUUUUUGAUGUUGUGACGACCAAAGUUGAAGAACUUCAGGAAAACGGCUCUGGGUGGGCUCUUCAUGAAAUUAUCGGUUUGGAUGUAAAUUACAACAAAUUAGUACGGUUUAGUGGAAGCUCUUACUUGGAAACGCCGAAAUCGAUAAGAAAUAAGAGAGCAGUUAUAAAUGUCAAAAAUUAUGAUAAUCAGUGUUUUAAAUGGGCCAUCCUCUCAGCGUUACAUCCGGCAAAAAACAAUACUGAUCGCCUAUCGAACUAUGAACGUUUUAAAAAUGAAUUAAAAUUUGACGGAAUCAUGUUUCCGGUGAAAUUGAAUGACAUUUGUCUUUUCGAGCAGUUGAAUCCAGGAAUUUCGGUCAACGUAUACAUCAUGCAAAGAGAAUAUUCAGUUUUCGCCGAACGCAAAGUGAAUGUAAUUGUUCCGGUGCGCUUGGCUCAAAAUGUGCAGAAAAAUCACGUUAAUUUACUUUUGUUAUGUGAACAACUCGAAGAUGAAAACGACAACGACGAUGAUGAACCAAUGUACACUAUCGACAUCAAAGAGUUCCUUGAUGAACUCACUUGUACACAUUAUGUAUGGAUAAAAAAUUUAAGCGCUUUGAUUCAAGGUCAGAUUGGGAAAAACAAUAAUAAAAAAUACAUUUGCGAUCGUUGCUUGCACUACUUCUAUUCCAACCAGAAAUUACAAGAACACAUACAGCAGUGCUGUUUACAAAAUGAAACCAAAAUAACUUUACCAGAUGUCGAUCACCGUUGGAUUCGCUUUAAGAACUACAAAAAUAAAAUUGCAGUUCCAUUUAUUAUUUAUGCGGAUAUUGAAUCUUUGUUGGUACCAAUAACGUACGGUAGAGAUAGCAACGAAGACGGCGCCUUCAAAAAGAGGCUACCAAAAGGUGCAACGCAUAGUCAUAUACCAAACAGCAUUGGUUGCUAUUUACAUUCAUUAAAUGAGCCUGAUCUAUCCCACUAUAAAUGUUUUUCCGGUAAAAUGUGUAUCGAUCAAUUCAUUUUUUACCUUGAACACCUAAUGGAAAGCAUUAUAUGGCCGAAAAUUCAUGGAAAUAAACGCAUGAUGUUGACUCCCCAAGAGCAAAAAGAUUUCAAUGCGGCUUCUGUUUGUCACAUUUGCAAUGAACAUUUCAAUAACGAAAACAAUAACAAAAAAGUGCGUGACCAUUGCCAUUUGACGGGCGUGUACCGAGGGGCCGCGCACUCAAAAUGUAAUAUGAAAUAUCAAGUGUCGAAAUCGGUGCCUGUCGUUUUCCACAAUUUAGACUACGACUCACAUUUUUUGAUCGAGAAAUUGGCCAACCUUAUCGAAGGACGUAUAUCAAUCAUACCGAAAAACUGUGAACACUACCUUGCUUUUACAAAAGAUUUGGACAAUUUUGACAAUGAUGAUGAUGACGCCAAUGGGGACAGCGCCAACUAUCGCGAUAAACCACGGUUAAGAUUCAUCGAUUCUUAUCGUUUUUUACAGUGCUCUUUAGCUGAACUCGCUAAAUCCUUACCAUCGGACAAAUUAAACAUCACUCGAAAAGAAUGGAGCAAUUUGUGUGAGAAGGAUUUCAAUUUAGUAACGAUGAAAGGUAUAUACCCCUACUCUUAUAUGAAUUCAUGGGAAAGUCUGCAAGAAACGCAAUUACCGCCUAUAGAAUCAUUUUAUGAUGAACUUAAAGAUAACAAUAUAAGCAAAAAGGAAUAUGCGCACGCAAAAAAAGUAUGGAAAACGUUCAACAUUCAAACGCUGCAAGAGUACACUGAAAUAUAUCUCAAGACCGAUGUUCUGUUGCUGGCCGAUAUAUUUGAGAAUUUUCGUUACAACUGCAUCAAACUUUAUGAAUUGGAUCCUGCGCAUUACUUCACAUUACCAGGCUAUUCAUGGGAUUGUAUGUUAAAGUAUACGCGGGCUGAAAUCGAACUCUUCACAGAUAUUGAUCAAUUAAUGUUCGCGGAGCGUGGAUUGAGAGGUGGCAUUUGCCAAUGCUCGCAUCGAUAUGCUAAAGCGAACCAUAAAUUUAUGGUGGAUGAUUACGACACUGAAAAACCAUCCAACUACCUGAUGUAUUUUGAUGUGAACAACCUUUAUGGGUGGGCAAUGUCUCAACCUCUGCCCAUUUCGAACUAUUCUUGGUAUGAAAACAAUGAUGAACUUAAUGACACCGAUGGAAUUGAAUGCAAAAUUAGGAACACUCCAGAUGAUGCGGAUUUUGGGUAUUUUUUAGAAGUGGAUUUAGAGUAUCCAUCUGAAUUGCACAACCUACACAAUGACUACCCAUUCUGUGCUGAACACAUGGAAGUUGGCGAUUGCAAGGAAACAAAACUAGUUUUAACUCUUCGAAACAAAACCAACUAUGUUAUACACUUUCGUAUGUUAAAACUAGCGCUAAAGCAUGGAUUAAAACUAGCGAAAGUGCAUCGAAUUCUGGAAUUUAAGCAAUCAAAAUGGCUAAAUGACUACAUUGCGCUAAACACAAAAGAGCGCGCUAAAAGCAAGACCGAGUUCGAGAAAAACCUCUACAAAUUGAUCAAUAAUGCGAUUUAUGGAAAAUCAAUGGAAAAUGUCCGAAACCGACAGAACGUUGUACUGGAAUUUGAUCAUCACAAGUGUAAAAUCUUGUACACCGACACGGAUUCAUACGUUUACAGCUUUGCGUGCGAUGAUAUUUAUGAUUGGAUGCGCAAUCAUCCAGAUCAAUUCGAUACCAGCGGAUUUCCUGAAAAUAAUCCGUACAAUAUCAAACUUUUGAAUAAAAAAGUUGUAGGAUUAAUGAAGGACGAAUUCUCUGCUUAUAAUGCUAAUGUGAAAGAAAAGGCCAAUUUACUGGAGGAUGUUUUUGACGAAGAUGUCAUCAUCUAUGUCGAUAAGUCUAUUGGCUUUUGUAAGCCGUUCAACUCAAACACAGAUAAACUCAUGAGACGUGAAAACGACACGAUCUCCGGAAAUAUUCCAUUCAUUGAUAAG